AGUGCCACCCUUCGUACAGAGGGAGCUUUCGUACAGUGUUCUUAACUAGAGUUGUAAAUGUGUCAGCGCUGUUGUAGUAGUGUGCGUAGAUUACAUUCACAACACCCGCGCCACAUACGGAACGCCGCGACAGUCCAGCCGAGAACUUCGCCGUUGCAUGUCGUGACGUGUUUUUAUACUCGGACCAUGCCGCGCGUAUACAAGAAAAAGGAAUCUUCGAGGUCAGGACAUGUAGAUGAAGUGGCGAUGGAGUCUGCUAUAGAAGAAGUCGUAGAUAAAACGUUAUCUAUAAGGAAAUCGGCAGCCAAAUACGGUAUUAAGCCUUCUACGCUGGAAUCACGACUUGCAAAAAUAAAAAAAAAUACUACCAAUGAAGCUCCCCUACGUAGUUUUGCAUCCAAAUAUACGUCUAAACAGGUAUUCACCACGUCAGAAGAAGUACUUCUAAAUAACUAUAUUGCAGAAUGUUCUCGUAUGAAUUACGGGCUUACACUUGUACAACUUCGAAAAUUAGCGUAUGAGUUUGCAAAAGCAAAUAAGUUAGAGUAUCCUUCUAGUUGGGAUCAUAAUGGAAUGGCUGGCUUGGACUGGGCAAAAAGUUAUCGCCACCGUAAUGUCAACUUAAGUCUAAGAAAGCCGGAGAAUACAAGCGCUGCCCGUGCGUAUGGUUUUAAUAAGACUGCUGUCAAUGACUUUUUUAAUAAUUUAGAAGCUGUACUGACCAGAUAUAAUUUUACUUGUGACAGAAUUUAUAAUUUUGAUGAAUCAGGAAUUUCUACUGUUAUGAGCACACCGAAAGUAUUAGCCGAAAAAUGUCGCAAGCAAGUCGGCCAACUAGUCUCAGGAGAAAGAGGUGAACUUGUAACUUUCGGGGGUAUAAUAUCGGCCAGCGGUAACACUAUUCCGCCACUUUUUAUUUUUCCAAGAGUGCAUUUUAAGGACCAUUUUAUGACAGGUGCCCCUGAAGGUAGCUUGGGUGUUGCCACAAGAAGUGGGUGGAUAAAUUCGGAAAUUUUCAUACAAGUGCUAAAACAUAUUCAAAAGAAGACAUCAUGCACAAAAGAAAACCCUAUUCUGUUAUUGGUCGAUAAUCAUGAGAGUCACGUCACGGUAGAAGCUAUAGAUUACGCCCGUGACAACGGCAUAGUUUAUAUCUCAUUUCCUCCGCAUACAACGCACCGUCUUCAGCCAUUAGACGUAGGGGUAUUUGGCCCUUUUAAGGCCAAAUUGAAAGUAGCAUAUAACGACUGGCAUGUAUCAAAUCCAGGAAAGACUAUGAACAUUUACCAAAUCCCAAAAUUAGCUAAAAUAGCCUACUUUGAAUCCUUCACCAAUAAAAACAUAAUGAGUGCUUUUGAAAAAACGGGCAUAUGGCCAUAUAAUAAACUUGCUUUUAGUGACGAAGAUUUUGCUCCGGUUCAAGUUUACCAAUCCAAUUCUAACGCUACUAUAAAUAUUAAUAGGCAACAACAAGAAGACCCUAGUGAAGAAAACGUAAUUGUUGAACAAUCAACUCCACUGAAUUCACCGCCAUCGUCAUCAUCCCUGCUGCUACAAUCAAUAGACUUUGAUGCACCAUCAUCAUCUGCUCCUGGACUAAUAACUCCAGAGGCAGUUCGACCCUAUCCUAAAGUAAAUAAGAGUCAAAGUACAAAGGCGAAGAAAGGAAAAUUACCAGGAAAAUCUAGAAUUUACACAGACACACCAGAAAAGCAAAGGCUUCUAGAAAUACAAAAGGCAAAGGAAAUGAAAAAACAAGAGCAAGAAAGAAGAAAUAAAGCUAAAGAAAUGAAGCGUGCAUUGAAGAUGAUAGUCAAGACUGAUAAAAUAACGAAACCAAAGAUACAAAAAAAAGAUGCAGAGUUAGAAACUGAUAGUGAAGAUGAAAUUAAUAUAAGUUUAAGGGAGAGCAGUUCUUCACCUUUAUCGACUGAAGCAUCGGAUUUUGAAGAAGCAACUAAUAAAGAAGAACCAGUAUUGAGCCAAAACAUUAAUGAAGAAACUUUCGUAUUAGUACAAUUUGAAAAAAAGUCAACUGUUCUUCAUUAUGUCGGAAAAGUUUUAAAGAAAUAUGGACCAAUGGAAUAUCACGUUUCUUUUUUAAGAAAGAAACCAGGUUCUUGGAAGUUUGUUUUUCCAAAUGUGAUAGAUGAAGGAACGGUCUUUUUGUCGGACGUCGUUGCAGUUUUACCUCCACCCAAAUCAGCAAGCACUGCAAGGACUGCAAACAUAUUUUGUUUUGAGAGAAACUUUAUUGGGUAUAAUGUUCAGUAGUUUAAUAAUUUGAUUAUUAUUGCAGGUUUAUAUACCUAAAUAGGUUAUAAAUAUAAAUUUCAACUAACUGUACCUAAUGGGUACGAAAAGUUUAUAAGACUAUUUGGUCCAAUGUUGACUAUUAUUUAAGCUUCUUUUGUGUAAAAUUAUUUUGUUUUGGAUGAUACUGACUUUAACUAAUUACAUUGUUUGUUAGAAUUAAUAUAUAUUUUUUAAUAAAUAUAAAUCUCUUUUCGUGCAAUUAAUAUUAAUGCUAUAAAAAUAUCUUAAAAUAAGCAUUUUUUUAAAUAUUUUUUUAUAUUAAAUGGUAAAUUUUCUUUAACUUUUAUGUUGAAAACUAAAGGUAUUUCUAGAAUUAACCAAGUAAAGACUGCUUUAAUUAUAAUAGACGUCAAUAUUGAAUAAUUAUAAGUACAAGAGCUAAUAUUACAUAAUAUGUAUAAAAGUGAUUAAAAAAUAUAUGUGUUGAAUAAGUAAAUAGUUUUCUUAUUUCAUUGUACGAAAGGUCCCUACCAUGUACGAAAGCACCCUAGGCACUGUACGAAUGUACCCUUGCUAUGGGGCACAUUCGCACGAUUCCCAUUUUUCAGAAAAAUCGUCAUUGAUAGCGCACGUUAGAUUUUUUUCGAAAUUGUUGUAAGUUUUAUUAAUGCCUAGAAUAUUCAUGAUAACAUAGUACUAAAAUAAGUCAAUAAUAUCAGUUAGUUAAUUUUUUAUAA